UAAAUGACCAUGGAAUCUGGAGCAGAGAACCAGCAGAGUGGAGAUGCAGCUGUAACAGAAGCUGAAAACCAACAAAUGGCAGUUCAAGCCCAGCCACAGAUUGCCACAUUAGCCCAGGUAUCCAUGCCAGCCGCUCAUGCAACAUCAUCUGCUCCCACGGUAACAUUAGUACAGCUGCCCAAUGGCCAGACAGUACAAGUCCAUGGAGUUAUUCAGGCGGCCCAGCCAUCAGUUAUUCAAUCUCCACAGGUCCAGACAGUUCAGUCAUCCUGUAAGAAUUUAAAAAGACUUUUCUCCGGAACUCAGAUUUCAACUAUUGCAGAAAGUGAAGAUUCACAGGAAUCCGUGGAUAGCGUUACCGAUUCCCAAAAACGAAGAGAAAUUCUGUCCAGGAGGCCUUCCUACAGGAAAAUUUUAAAUGAUUUAUCAUCUGAUGCACCGGGAGUGCCAAGGAUUGAAGAAGAAAAGUCUGAAGAAGAGACCUCAGCACCUGCCAUCACCACUGUUACGGUGCCAACUCCAAUUUACCAAACCAGCAGUGGACAGUACAUUGCCAUUACCCAGGGAGGAGCAAUACAACUGGCUAACAAUGGUACUGAUGGGGUACAGGGCCUGCAAACAUUAACCAUGACCAAUGCAGCCGCUACUCAGCCGGGUACCACGAUUCUGCAGUAUGCCCAGACCACUGAUGGACAGCAGAUCCUAGUGCCCAGCAACCAAGUUGUUGUUCAAGCUGCCUCUGGCGAUGUACAAACGUAUCAGAUUCGCACAGCCCCCACUAGCACCAUUGCCCCUGGAGUUGUUAUGGCAUCCUCCCCAGCACUUCCCACGCAGCCUGCUGAAGAGGCAGCGCGAAAGAGAGAGGUUCGUCUAAUGAAGAACAGGGAAGCAGCCCGAGAGUGUCGUAGAAAGAAGAAAGAAUAUGUGAAAUGUUUAGAAAACAGAGUGGCAGUGCUGGAAAACCAAAACAAGACACUGAUUGAGGAGCUCAAAGCACUUAAGGACCUUUACUGCCACAAAUCAGAUUAAUUUGGGAUUUAUUUCACCACUUGAGGUAGAAAAAGGACUGGCCUGGCCACACCAGAAAGACAAGAAUAAACAUUUUAUUUUCUAAACAUUUCUUUUUUUUCUAUGCGCAAAACUGCCUGGAAACAACUACAGAAUUUCAUUCAUUUGUGCUUUUGCAUUAAACUGUGAAUGUCUCAACACCUGCCUCCACUUCUCCCUGAAGAAAUUUUCAGCACCAGGAAUCAUGAAGAGACUUGAGCUUUUCAAGCCCCACCCUCAAGAAGUAAUCAUUUGUUUACUGACAAAUUGAUGGGGGGGAAUGCCGAAAAGAAACUCUUUUUUAAAGUUAUUCCAAGGUUUGUGCUGAGCUCCUUGAUUGCCUUAGGGACAGAAUUAUCCAGCCUCUUGAGCUGAAUGCGUGGGCCUCGUGCAUAAAGUAAGUAAGGUGCAAUGAAGAAGUGUUGGUUGCCAAUUGACAUGUUUUUUCACCUUUUCAUGGUGGAUUAUGUAAAAUUGUUACCCAAAAAUGCCCUCUAAAAAAUUAUUUCAGUAUGGUGUUGAAGAAAUAAGAAAUGAAUUUGGAGUAUUUUCUGUGUACUCUCUUUUCUCAAUGCUGAAAACUUGUCCUUGGUCCUUAAAAAUAUUCUGUACUAACGACAGCUCUUCCACAGGUCAGUUGUUGCUUCUUAAUUCAGUCCUGUAUGUGUUCUCCAUUUUGAAUGCAUUAAAAGAAGUGACCAACUGAAUGCACAAGCAUGAUUAUUUGAAUUUUAAAUUAAAUCAAAGGACAUUAAAAUACAAAACUUUUGUCUUAAGUUAGUACUAAACUUCUAUAAAAAGAUGCUCACUAGCUGACCUCUUGAGUAAUAUAACAUGGCUUUUAAAUAAAUGUUUUGUCCUCACCAUCAAACAUAUUUACAUUGUCACUCAUUUACUUAAAAAAGCAUUUCUGGCUAUACUGUCCCCCUUGCACUUAGGUUGUACCACUGCCAGGAAAGCCUUCAUGUUAUCAGAUGAAGCCACGUGAUAUAUUUGCUGAUGAAAUGUUAGGAUUUGUAGGAAAAUACUGAUUUUAAAUCUUUUUCACAUUAGCAUAUUUUAACAGUAUCUCGAAUGAAUUUUUUAAUGAAAAGUUAUAAGGAGUUGUAAAAAGUAGAUUGUUUAGAUAAGCUGCACGAGGAAAUUAACUUCAGACACAUUUAAUGGCUUCCAUACUAUAAUAUCUGGAUUGUCAAUCACAUAAAACUUACUUUGUUUCCCUGCAAAGGGUAGUUGAGCUUCAGCUUUCCAGUGUGCGCUGUAACCUGUCAUGGCUGCCGAUUUUAACUCUGAGUAUUACAGUCUAUGUUUGUGUGUAUCAUACAUUCUUUCCAAUACCACAAUUGACUGUUCGUUUUCUUCACUAAGCCUGAUGAAUCGAAAAUUUACCCUUUAAAAGAGAUAUACUAAGGUAGAUUUUUUUUAAAUUGGAAAUUGACAAAAUGUUGGAUUACAGGAUUUCAUUUGAGAAGGGAAUUCAUUUAAAAAGAGUCAAGAGACCUGGAAAAUGAAUAUUGUUGGUAUGCGUUUAAAGUUUAAAAGUUACGUUUAUUAACAUGAUAGAAAAAUGCGCAUGCAGAUGUGAGAAUUAUUGAGUCCAUUUUGAAAAGUAAGAAUUUUUAAUUCUAUAAAUGAUAUAUUUUUGUUUGUAACAAACCAUUGUCUUUUUUCAAGGGUGAACAAAGUUUAUGAAGGAGCAUCAUUCUAAGAAUUAAGUGAUGUAGUCUUUAUAUUUGGACAAUUUCACCAGAUUCUCAAGAAGGCUUUCAAACAACUGUAAAGUUUGAUGUUUAUCCUGCUGAGUUAAUGGGGAAAGUCGUAGCAUAAAAAUUGUUUGUAUACCAGCACAGAUACCAAGUGAAAUCACGAACAUGUUCACAAACUAGAAUUCUCUCGUACUGAAUCAAAGUGUGUCCAAUUGAACAUCUUGAAUGUCAUGACCUUUACAAAUGAAAAUUGCCUGAUGGUUAGCACGUUUUAUGCUCUACAGUUGUGUGUUCUUUCAAGACAAUGAACCUUUCUAUUAGAAAACGAAGUGGUUGUGGUCUUCAUGCCUGAUAAGCCGAGCUUGAAUGGCCUAGGCCUUGCAUCUGAGGAAGAUUACACUGGUGUGAAAUCAGUUCAUGGUGAGGUGAGAAAUGCAUUCGGUUGCUAACCCUGUUGUAGACUCUUGAAUAGACAUGAAGAUUUCAGUUUGUACAAAUAAAAAUCAAGCAUCUUUUUGUGCAGAUUUUUAAAAAAAGAAUUGGAAAAAGGUGUUUGUUUUUUAAGCAUGCAACUUUGAGAAGCUUUAUUAAGAAAAUAACAAAAUUUUUAUUAAAAAAAUCUUGUCGCCAAGAACAUGCGUGGCCACGUUACCAAUAAUAAAUGUUUUUUCUUCAUAUUGGCCAAAAGGGAAUUGAGAAUGUCCUCAUAGGAAUCUGUAAAUAUGCUACUGAUUUGCUCUAGAAAAUAGCAAGUUUGGUACUCACCUUACAAAUACAGGGCCGUGUGGCACUUUUAUCUUUAGGACAGAUUAAUAAAAACAAAGGGGGAAGGGGUUUAUUUUUGAUAUAUUACUCUUUUGUGUUUUCAAGUUUUGAUAGUGUUUUACUGAAAAGUGGUUUUAGAAAGGGCUAGAUCCAAUGUGUUCACAUUAUUAAAAAAAUUGAUAUCGAAUACAUUUAAGUUUUACAACUCCAGCCCCAUACCGACAAGCAUACUAUUGCCCUGGGUGCUCUUUUCAUGGAGAGCUUUGGGGGAGGGUGCCGUUUGUAUAGUGUGUGUGCAGAUAGAUCAUUUACACAGGAUAUGACCUGGAGCUCUGAGCACGGGCGGGCGUCGGGAAUGCCGAGUAGGACAGGAUAUGGCGCUCAGGUGGAGUCUUACGCUUCCUGUGCUCUACCGCAUCCCUCUUGGUAGUCUCCCAGACGGUGUUCCUUCAGCACUCAAGAUUGACUACGCUUUGUUUUGUUGUUUAAGGGUUGUUUCUUUGGCUUGCCACUUUUUAAUGUUUUGAGUCACUUAACAACUUCCCCUCUCCAAAAGUACUCGGUUUUUAUGCUUUGUCUCUGGCAGCUAAAACAGUGGUGAGACCAUUUUGAAAGAUGACUUUUCAAAGUAACCACUGAAUUUGGAGAGGGGGUAGAUUUGGGUGUUUCAUUUGAGCAGGGAUUUUGUCAGAAGAUGUGUUUUGAUCGGAGGUCAGAAACAGUGCUAGUAUCGGAAAGCACAGUACCAGUCCGACAGGCUGUGCGAUCAGACAUCAUCUGGCCAAAGUUUAUCUGUGCCUCUCAGGCCUCCUCCCCACUGUCUUUUUGACCGUUUGGGGUGACACAUGGAAUCGUACAAAGGCUUAGGAAGGAACAAGUUUGUCUAAACCAGGAUGCUUUCCUUACCGUAACUUGAAUUGAUUUUGAUCUAGAUUUCUGUUCAGGUUUGUUUUUAAUUUUGUGAUCAGUUUACAGUCAACUACUAGAAUAAAUUGGUCUCUUUUUAUUUGGCAUAUCAAAAGCCUGCAUCAUUUUUCCAGAGCGAAAUAAGACUAAGACCUUGAAGUUAAGAUUUCUAACUCAAGCAGUGGCGUCACAGACAGUCCACACACCGGUCAGUUACUUUGAAGAGGCUUUAUUCCAUUGCAUCUGUAGCCCUGAAAAUUGUUGGUAUAUUGUUUCACAUUGACCUAAUACAAAAGUUAUCUAUUUAUUUGGAUUAUAUUUACAUUAUUUCUUUGUAAAUGUUUGGUGUAACUUGCACUUUUUAAAAUGACCCAUGUGGGUAUUAGCAACUUGAGAAAUUCCCUCUGCAAGGAAUUGUCAACAGACUUUCCUGUCUUCUCCUGUCAAAUCAUGUCACUUUCUUAAAUGACUCUUUUCAUUGAUCCAAGUUAUUUCGGGUCUGAAGGCCAGCCUUAAAAAUAAUUGUUUAAAAGGAAGAGGUGUAGAGAAGUAAGUUUGACUAAUCCAAUGAACUAGUUAGAUCCGUGGUUCUCAACCUUCCUAAUGCCGCCACCCUUUAAUUCAGUUCCUCAUGUUGUGGUGACACCC